AUGGAAACUUCUGCAUCAACAUCUGUUGGACAGCGUUGUACACCCAUUGGUCAGCCACUUCUCAAAAUGUUUAAGGACUUCGAGAAUUUCACACCAUUUGGUCAACCGAAAACACCGAAAAAGCAAUUACUCCCACUUCGAAAUGACAAAGGUACUACGGGAACGGUAAUUAGUCCCGGACAAGGUGACGUGACGGGUGCGGAAUGCACAAUGGAGUAUCUUUCCGAUCUACUCAAAGAGAAGAAACAGCUUGCCGUCUUUCCCCAAGUUUUUCGCCAUAUGGAACGCCUAGUUGACGAAGAGAUCAAUCGUGUACGCAUGGCGCUUUUUCAAUGUCAUUUCACAAUUGAACGUCCUGAUUUGCCCGAUCCAGAGGGUGAACCAGUAACCAUCCAGGAGAAAGUUUAUGUACCUCGCAAGGAGCAUCCUGAUUAUAAUUUUGUGGGGCGCAUACUUGGUCCUCGUGGAAUGACUGCGAAACAGUUGGAACAAGAAACUGGUUGCAAAAUUAUGGUCAGAGGUCGUGGAUCAAUGCGCGACCGUCGUAAAGAAGAAAUGAAUCGGGGUAAGCCAAACUGGGAACAUCUUGAUGAUGAGUUGCAUGUCUUGGUUCAGUGCGAAGAUACACCAAAUCGCGCUUAUAAAAAACUGAAGGCUGCUGUGGACGAAAUUAAAAAACUACUUAUUCCAUCACCGGAAGGCACCGAUGAAUUGAAACGAAAACAGCUCAUGGAACUUGCAAUUAUUAAUGGAACGUAUCGCCCUGUUAGCAAGUAUCCAUUGCAAACACCACGACUGAUUGCGCCUAUGACACUGGUCUCACCAAUUCGUCAUCCUAAUGGUUCUAUAGCUGCACAGCCGAUAUUCGUAUCACCAACAGGAAGUCCAAUCACACCUGGAACCAAUAUCAACACGCCAACCGGAGUAAAUGCAUUUAUGCAGUCUCCUAAUAUCGAUUACAAUGUGAUGAUGAAUCAGCUCUCAUUUGAUGCGGCGCUGCAAACUUUUCCUAUGGCAGGUGACUACCAGUCGCAUUCAUCCGCACAAUAUCCAACUGCUACCUCACUACUGAAUGCAGCCACAACACCUAAUAACAGUGCGUUGCAAUCUUAUUUCAUCGAGUCUAAUCCAAUUACGCCACCUGAAUCCACUGGAUCUGGUCGCCGUUGA